AUGACUCGAUUAACGUACCUUAACCUUGGUUCCAAUUCUUUUAAUGGAACCAUUCCCAAGUCCAUUGGUUCCUUGAUCGAACUAAGGUACCUCGACCUUUCCUAUAACUUCCUUAUAGGAAACAUUCCUCCGGAAAUUGGAAACCUCACAAACUUAAGAAAUCUUUCACUUGGACGUGGAGCCUAUUAUGCAAUAGGUACGAUGGUUGAAAACCUAGAUUGGUUGUCUAAUCUUUCUCAUUUGCAACACCUUGAUAUGUAUGGUGUUUCCCUAGCUAAAGCAAAUCGUUGGGUAGAUGUCAUUCUAAGUCUCCCAAAACUAUCAUAUUUAAGUUUGUCGAGAUGUGACCUCUCAGAGGUCAUAUAUCCAUAUUCUUCAUUUGUCAACUCUUCAUCUUCAUCUAUUGGAUCUCUUCAACUCACACAAAACAGUCUCAACUCCUCCAUGUAUCGUUGGUUGUUCGCAUUGACAAGCAAUAGACUUGUCUCUCUUGAUCUCUCUUACAACAUGUUAGAUGGGGUACCCAAAUAUCAUGGUAAUCUCUGUAGUUUGACAUCUUUAAAUCUCCAUGGAAAUUCAGCAGUCGUCAACUUUCCUGAUUUCCUAAACAAUUUGUCUGGAUGCACAUCGGUUACAUUGCAAGAGUUGUAUGCUUCGGGUAACCAAUUUACAGGGUCAUUGUCUGAUGAGAUUCAAAAGUUCUCAUCCCUAAAACGUUUAAAGCUUCCUUAUAAUCAAUUAAAUGGAACUAUAAGCGAGAAAGUGUGGGAACUACACAAGCUUGAAUAUCUAGACAUUUCUUCCAAUUCUCUUAGAGGUGUUACAUCUGAAAACAUUGGGAAUUCAAAGCUUUGGCAUUUAGAUCUUUCGAACAACCCACUUGAAGUGAUUCCUUCUCAAGGUCACGUGUUGAACAUAUCUUAUGUAGAGUAUAUGGACUUGAGAAAUUGCAAGCUAGGGCCCGUCUUUCCCAAAUGGAUCCAAGCACACAAAAACCUUACCACUCUUAACAUCGCUAAUACUAGAAUUUCAGACACAAUUCCUGCGGAGUUUUGGAAGACAUGGCCUUCACGAUUGACAUAUUUGAAUCUCUCUUCCAACAACAUCAGUGGGGAAGUAUCUGAUUUAUCAUCAAAUUUUGGCCUCUAUUCAGAAAUAGAUUUAAGUUCCAAUAACUUACAUGGGCCAAUUCAGAAUGUUCCACCCACUUUGAUACUCUUAAAUCUUUCCAAAAACAUAUUCUAUGGUGGAAUCUCCUUCUUAUGCCAAGUUGUUGACGGGUUCUUAUCAUUUCUUGACCUCUCUCAGAACUUUUUAACGGGACAACUUCCUGAUUGUUUGUCGCAUUUCAAAGAACUAGAAGUUCUUAAUCUAGGACACAACAAUCUUUCUGGAAAGAUUCCUGCUUCUAUAGGACAUUUGGUUCAACUCAUGGUAUUGCAUUUAUACAACAAUAGCUUAUCGGGAGAAUUGCCUUCGGCUUUGAAGAAUUGCACCAAGUUAAAUUAG